AUGAAACAGUGGAGAAAUGCACUAGAUACACUGAAAGAUACUCCAAAUGAUGAAAUUAUUUCAAAGCUUAGGAUAAGUUAUGAUGGGCUGGGUGAUGCAGAGAAGCAAAUUGUCAUUCUCCUCUCUCUCUUGUGCAGAAACGAGUCUAUGUGCAUUCAACAUAUUGUGAAAGAGAUAUCUAAUGAGUUGUGCCGAAAUUCAAUGAGCAGUGGCAAGCUAGUGGUAGCAGAAUCACAAAUUCGAGCUGUAUGUUCACUGUUGAUGAUGGAAUGUGAAGAUGUUCGAUUUAUUGGGAUUUCAGGGAUGGGUGGUAUUGGGAAGACCACCAUUGCAAGAGCCAUUUUUGACAGGUUUUCUCAUCAAUUUGAAGGUGCUUGUUUUGUUGCAAACAUCAAAGAAAAUCAAGCUAAACAGGGGUUGUUGUCUUUGCAAAAGAAUCUGGUUUCGGAGGUGUUGACAGUUGAAUCUGUGAAUAUAGCUAAUGAAUAUAGUGGAAUUGACUUGAUAAGAAAAAGGCUUGGUUCUAAGAAGGUUAUAGUAGUUCUUGAUGAUGUGGAUCACCAAGACCAGUUGGAUGGUUUAGCUGGAGACCGUGAUUGGUUUGGUAAAGGCAGUAGAAUUAUUAUAACAGCAAGGGAUAACCACUUGCUUUGGAACUGUUGUGAAAUUUAUAAGCUCUCUCAACGGGUGGUGCAGUACGCUGGUGGCCUUCCCCUGGCGCUUAAAGUCUUAGGAUCAUUCCUUUUUGGACGGAGCAUGAAACAGUGGAGAAAUGCACUAGAUAAACUGAAAGAUACCCCAAAUGAUGAAAUUAUUUCAAAGCUUAGGAUAAGUUAUGAUGGGCUGGGGGAUGCAGAGAAGCAAGUUUUUCUAGACUUAGCAUGUUCCUUUAUACCACCUCCUGCUUUAAUUAGAAAACUGCACCCUGAAAUUACAAUAGAUGUCCUGGUUGAGAAGUCCCUCCUUUUUGAGUCAUCAUUUGAAAGGAUUGGAAUGCAUGAUUUGAUUCGAGAAAUGGGUCGUCGUAUUGCACUGCAAGAAUGCCCGAGGCAUCGGAUAUGGCUUCAUGAAGAUAUUGCUGACGUGUUAACUGAAAAUAAGGGCAGAGAAGCAGUAGAAGUCAUACAAAUCCCUUUGAAGUCCAACUCAGAGGAAGAUAUU